AUGGACGCUGAUGAGGGUCAAGACAUGUCCCAAGUUUCAGGGAAGGAGAGCCCACCGGUGAGUGACACCCCAGAUGACAGCGAUGAACCCAUGCCUGUCCCUGAAGACCUCUCCACCACGUCUGGGGGCCAGCAGAGCUCCAAGAGCGAGCGCGGACUGGCCGGUAAUGUUAAAGUAGAGACUCAGAGUGAUGAAGAGAAUGGGCGUGCCUGUGAAGUGAAUGGGGAAGAGUGUGCGGAGGACUUGCGGAUGCUCGAUGCCUCCGGAGAGAAAAUGAAUGGCUCGCACAGUGUCCAAGGCAGCAAAGCCUUGUCAGGAGCUGGAGGCAUUCGACUCCCUAACGGCAAACUAAAGUGUGAUGUCUGUGGGAUCAUUUGCAUCGGCCCCAAUGUACUCAUGGUCCACAAGAGAAGCCACACUGGAGAGCGACCAUUCCAGUGCAACCAGUGCGGGGCCUCCUUCACGCAGAAAGGCAACUUGCUCCGGCACAUCAAGCUGCACUCGGGGGAGAAGCCCUUCAAGUGCCACCUCUGCAACUACGCAUGUCGCCGGCGGGACGCCCUCACCGGCCACCUGAGGACACACUCCGUUGGUAAGCCUCACAAAUGUGGAUAUUGUGGCCGAAGCUAUAAACAGCGGAGCUCUUUGGAGGAACACAAAGAGCGUUGCCACAACUACUUGCAAAGCAUGGGCCUCCCAGGCGCGCUCUACCCAGUCAUUAAAGAAGAAACUAAUCACAGUGAAAUGGCAGAAGAUCUGUGCAAGAUGGGAUCGGAGCGCUCCCUCGUGCUGGAAAGAAUAUCUAACGUCGCCAAACGUAAGAGCUCUAUGCCUCAGAAAUUUGUUGGGGACAAGUGCCUGCCGGAACUGCCCUACGACGGCAGUGCCAGCUACGAGAAGGAGAAUGAGAUGAUGCAGACACAUGUGAUAGACCAGGCCAUCAACAACGCCAUCAGCUACCUGGGGGCUGAGUCCCUGCGCCCCCUGGUGCAGACGCCCCCCGGCAGCUCCGACGUGGUCCCGGUGCUCAGCCCCAUGUACCAGCUCCACAAGCCGCACGCCGAGGGCCCCGCGCGCUCCAGCCACUCAGCCCAGGACGGCGCUGUGGAGAACCUGCUGCUGCUCCCGAAGGCCAAGUCCGCACCCUCGGAGCGCGAGGCGUCCCCGAGCAACAGCUGCCAAGACUCCACGGACACGGAGAGCAACGCGGAGGAGCAGCGGGGCGGCCUCAUCUACCUGACCAACCACAUCGCGCCCCACGCGCGCAACGGCCUGCCCAUCAAGGAGGAGCACGCGGCCUACGACGUGCUGCGCGCGGCCUCCGAGGGGCCCCCGGACGCGCUGCGCGUGAUCGGCACGGGCGGGGAAGCCCUCAAGGUGUACAGGUGUGAACACUGCCGCGUGCUCUUCCUGGACCACGUCAUGUACACCAUCCACAUGGGCUGCCACGGCUUCCGAGACCCCUUCGAGUGCAACAUGUGCGGCUACCACAGCCAGGACCGCUACGAGUUCUCGUCCCACAUCACGCGCGGGGAGCACCGCUUCCACAUGAGCUAA